CGCCGCCUACACCAACUAUCCUACGUCUUCACUUUAGAUAGUUCGCACGGCAAGCUUUUGGGUUUUUGUUGAAGUCGUUUCGCUGCCUAUGUCAGUUUCAUGUUUCUAUUUGUGUAGCGUAAGAAAAUGAGUUUGUAGCGGCUGUUAGUAGAUUCUUGGCACACUCGAACUCUCCGAACACGAACGAAAUACCGAUGGAUAAACUGAAGCGAGCUCUAAGCGGCGAGGAACGGGGCGGAGAUGAGGAACAGGGAAUCGUUACCCAAAUUAUCGACAACUCAUCGCUUAGUUGGUCCACCCGAGUAAAGGGUUUUGCCAUCUGCUUUGUCCUCGGUUUCGUCCUUUCUCUGUUGGGUUCCAUAUUCUUAGCCUUCCCGGGAGGGCUUAAGAUGUUUGCAGUGUUCUACACGUUCGGCAACUUGACUGCCAUAGGCAGCACACUCUUCUUGAUGGGUCCCGUCAAUCAGAUCAAGAAGAUGUUUGCGCCUACAAGAGCGAUUGCCACCUGUGUUAUGCUGUUGUUCCUCGUGCUGACGUUGAUGGCUGCAUUCUGGUGGAAGAAAUCUGCGCUAACAAUUGUGUUCUGCAUCAUCCAGUUUGUGGCCAUGACCUGGUACUCCCUGUCUUACAUCCCGUUUGCCAGGGAUGCCGUAAAGAAGUGCUUCCAAUCGUGCCUGUCUUGAAGCCCGUCCAUUCUUGGUGGUCCUCUGAGGUCUCGCCCUGACAGUUCACAUAUCUUUCGCCCCGUAUUUAUUUAUUACUGUUGCCAUCCGUAAAAAGGUGUUCACGUCACUCCAGUGAUCUUCCUCAGUGGUGUCUGUCGAGAACGUUUCAGCAGUGUAACGUGUCAUACGCGACUGCCCGCAGUCCGCCCUGGCGUGGACGUGGGCAGAUAUGAGAGCUAUCUAGUGUGACAACUCAUUCUUACCGAUCUGGGGUGGGGGGGCACAGAAGCAAGUUUCCUUUUACAGAUGGAGAAUCACACAGUAUCUAUUUUCUUACAAAGGGAUGAUUUGCGCGGGGGAGUUGGUGAAUGUUACAUGCCGAUUUCCUUUUGAAUCGGGAGGCAAAGUUUGACUUGGUUGUGUUGCCAGCAGGAUCAGGGGCAAUAAUGUUGAAUACUGUGUCUCCUGGAGGGGCGCUCUUAGUGUGUUCCAUAAACGGUGUUGUUAAUGUUUAUAAAGCGAGGCUGUACAUUGCCUUGUUGCUCUUAACAUAAGUCUAUUUUUGAUCGAAAGGGAAUAAAUGUUGUAGAUAUUUGUG